UUCAAACUUGCAUCAGAGGUAGUCUAUGGAGCAGACAGACAGAUGCCUCCCAGCUUCCUGUCAGUCUGUCCUCCUCAGUCAGCACACAGCAGCAUCUUCACGCUCCGGCCAGAGGAUACGGACUAUAUGGGCAGCAGUCAUGGGACAGCAUCCCAGCCUGCAUGUGUCCCUGCCUGACUGAAGGGAAAAGCCUGAAGAUGAUUUGAACCAACUCCAAAGCCUUUGAAGUUACAUCAUGACUGAAUCACAAGCCCCGGUGGAGGCUCCCCCGUCCUACAUGAUUUUUCUGGUGGUCUUCCUCUUCUUCAUCACCGGACUGCUUGGCUUCCUCAUCUGCCACCUGCUGAAGAAGAAGGGCUACAGCUGCCGCACUGGAGACAUGGACGAUGAGGAGGAGGAGGAGAAGCUUGGAGGAAAUGCUGACGAUGAGGAUGAAGAGAACCAGGAUACAGUGGAGCAGAUUCUCAAAUGCAUUAUUGAAAAUGAAGCCAACAUGGAAGCCUUCAAUGAGAUGUUGGGAAAUCACAAUGUCUGUGUGCGCCACGACCCAAGGUUGCGUAAGGAGUCCAUUGGUGGUAUUCCUCCCCAUCAUCACACAGUGCACUCAGGCACUGACCACAACUCCUGCCACCUCUGUGCUCUGGUUCGAUCCAAAAAGGGCCGCCGACAAAGCAGAACCCCCCGCUACAAACAACGACCUGGAGAGCAGACUGUCUUCUCUGUUGGCAGAUUCCGGGUGAUACACACUGAUAAGAAGCCCCACGGGGGUCCUAAUGCUUUGGCUGGUUCUGGUGACCAGCUGGACCAAUCCCAGGACAGCGAGGAGCAAAAGGAUGCCGAGUACAACUUGAGAAGCAUGUUUAAGGAUGUCCUCCCACCCUCAGAGAACUCCAAUGGGACUGCUCCGAAUGUGGGGAAACGCAGGAAGAGUAUGACCAUAUUUGGGCUGAGGCGGGGCAGUGACCCUUCUGGCAUUAAAGCAGCAGAGGAUACAGGUAGGGAGACUGGAGGGAUUAGAUUUGCUAUUCAGCAGCAACCCGUAGUGCUGGAGGAACCAUUGCUGACAAAGAAAAUUAAAGACACCCCUGAAAGUGGUACUAAACCUGGUUCCACACCUGAAACCAAGACCACAAAGCACCAAACACCUGCCUCACCUCAACACGGGACAAACAUUUCAAGUUCUGUUAAUUCUCAAACUUCCCAAACAGACAAACAGGCCCAUGACUCUAACUCUGUUCCCAAGGAUGGCUCUACACAUGGACCCAGUCCUGAGCCUCGUACCAGCCUCACAGUCAAUCCCUCAGAUGGGAAUACAGCAGCUUCUGCCCCCAGCUCCCUUCCCAUUCCAUCUUCUGCCUCAUCUGGGCAGACAUUUAAGAGAACAGAGAAACAAGAUGUUGAGUAUAACAUUUUAAGAAAUGAGGAAGCGUAUGAUCCUGGGCCCCUGCAGACAUCUACGCCCAUUGCCCCUGGACCUGGAACUAUUCCAGGUUUGACUCCGGUAACCCAAACUCCCCCUGACCCAAGGUCCAGCCCAGAUCAGGAACCAGGUUUUGAUGCUAGCCCAGCUUUAAUAAGCUUAGGUUCUUCCCCUCCAUCUUCAUUCCCAAUCAAGACCCCAUCGUCAGUCUCUUCAUUAAAAACUCCUACCUCACCCUUUGCGGUCACACCGAGUCCCAAACUAAGCUCAAGGAAUGCAUCAUCAGAAGCUGCAAAAACUGCCUUUUCCCCUACCCUCACUCCAAGCCCUAAGCUCCCAUCAGGUCGGGCAAUGUCCAGCCAAUCUCCUAUUCCUUCUUCAUCCUUUGGAAAAAGCACUAGUCCCUUACAAGCCCGAAUUCCCUCACCUGCCCUUACUGCUAGUCCAAAACUUGAUAGCUUGCUAGUAUCACCACAAACCCCCUCCUCUUCUUCUCCAGCUGACCAAGCCCCUUCUUUUGGAAGUUCACCUCGUCUGAAUGUAAAGUCAGGAAGUGUGACAUCUGUAACAUCGACGACCUUUACCAAAGGCGAUAUGGUUUCAAGCCCAUCAUCUCUAAAGGAACAAGAGCUAGAAGAAGCCAGAAUCCCAAAAUCAGAAGAAAUGACAGAAAUAAAAACUGGGAUUCUCAAAACAGAGAAACUUUCACCACCUGUGGGAGAUUUUAUUGGCUCUGCCCUUUCCUCUCCCUCUGAUCAGCUUUCUAAAGACAAACAGAACAGUCUGUCUCCUUCCAGUCCGCUGUUGCCCUCCUCACCUCUAGGGAGCAGAAUAAGUAGUAUGACCAUCGUCAAGCCCAGCUCAGACAGCAAGAGGGAGUUUUCUGUGGUUACUAUGGUGGAGAAGGAAGAGCAGUCUACCUCACAAAAAAACCAGACAGGAGAGACUUCUGAAUUUGGGGUUGAAUCUGGAAAAGCGGGUGUUAGUCCACUCAGUCAGGGAGGACAUGUCCCCAUUUCAGAUAUUGGACAACGUGCAACACAAAUCGAAGAGACUUCUGGGGCAGAAGUUAGGUCAGUGGUGAGCCAGGAAAAGGACGAUAUGGUAGAGAUGGAAGAUAUUAGGGACUGCAAGGUGACGCAGGUUGAAGAAGCAGAAAGGGUGGAAGAGGAAGAGGGAAAAGUUCAAACUGUCCUGUGACAACUCAAAGAAAGAUUUGAGGAGUAACACCACUAGAGUACUAGAGGAAAUGAAUUAUAGUAAUGAUAAAACAAAAUAAAUGUGAUAAUGCUUUUAAUCAUUUAACCACAGGAGGUACUAUGGUACAUUUGCAGCUGGACUGGACUGGCUGGUCUACUGACUCUCUGACUGACUGAUGGAAAACCAUGUGAAUAAUUUUAGCCACAUAGGCUUUGGAUCAUAGCUUACCAUUUUGCCAACCCUUCUGUUAUGUUUUAGAUUUUUGGAUGAUUUUUUCUAUUUCUCCAGGCAGCCAUAGGCCUUUUAUUUCUUUACAGUAUAACAAGAAGACCAGAAGCUGCUGUAGGCGCUAGCAGCUCUGUGAGGCUGUACUACAGCAGUGCUUUUAGCUGAAUGCUAAUGUCAACAUGCUCACGAUGAUGUUUAGAAAACAAUGUUCUAACAAUGUUCUAACUAUGGUGACCUCCAUGGUUACCAUAGUUUAGCUUGUUAGCCUGAACACCAAAGUACAGCUUAGGCUGAUUGUAAUGUCAUUAGUUUUGCAGCUAUGGAGUCAUAAGCCAAAGUAUUGGACGGACUGGUAUUUUAACCUGAUGGUGGUGCUAGAUGAAAAGUCAGGGGAUCACCAAAGUUAUUAAAAUUCAUCCAGAUGGGAACAUGGAUAUCUGUACCAAAUUUCAUGGCGAUCCACCCAUGGUGUAGGUAUUUCAUUUGAAACCACAAAUGUCAAACUUAUGGUAGCACUAUAAGAAAGCCAGAUAAUCAUGAGAGUCACUGGUAUAAUCAUCUGGAUCUAUGAAUGUCUGUACAAUUUUUUUUGCCAAUCCAUCCAGUAGUUUUCAGUCUGGACCAAAGUCGUGGACCAACUAACUGAACAACAGACUGACAUUGCUGAAAAUCUAUUACUGAAUUCUUGAAAUUCAAUUGUGUUAUGUGAACAUUUUGUCUGCAUUUAAUUUGGCAGUAGUGCAGACCUGAUGUGCAUAGUGAUGGAUUUACACAAGUCGCGCAAGUUUCAAGAUUUUCAUACCAUACACAAAUGAAUUGAAACCAAUGGCUAGGGAAAAUAUAUCCAAAAUUUUAAAACAGUACAGCAUGUCUGACUUUUUGUUACUUGAUUUGUCAUUUUAUGAUGAGAGUGUCUCCUUAUUUGGAAUACCCAUUUUCUUAUAGUUUCUUAAAGUUGAAAACAUUAACAGGGGCAUCAUCACCAUCAAAGCUGUAUGGUUAAUUUAUUGAUUUGAUAACCGUGGUGAUCAUUUAUUGAUGUUUAAUGAUGGUAAAUGCUCUCAACCUCUAAUCUCAUUUAUUGAUCCUCCUGAUUGUAAAACAAGAUUAACAGCACAAGCAGCUUUGGCAGCUCUAUGGGCAGCUAGACAGAUGGAGAUGUAUCAGUUAAUUGAAUUUGCAACAAGUUCUUGAAAGUAUAUUUGAAAUACAUCACAUUUGUCUUACUCUAUCUUCAUGCAGUUGCUUUUGACAAGUACGUUUCCUCCUGGACCAUUGCAAACAGUCUUUUCAUUCCAAAUUUCUCUUUUUUGUCUCCUAAUUUGGAAAGUCACCCUGUUAGUGGUUGUGCAGCAAUAAAGACAUGAUCCCUGACUGGCUUCCCACCAUAAAAACACUGCCAGUGGUUCUCAGUGACCAAACCCUGGGCAAUGCUUUUUUCUUCAGCACCAGCCAAACUCCCCAGUCAUUCAUGUGGCCAUGUACAGUAGUUACACCAGUAAUAUCAGUAGCAUUUUCUUCUUUUAUCAGUGUAACCAGGCACUUAGACUGGUAAAUAUACUACAUCUCCUGUAUACCAGCCACUCCAGUCCCAGACCAUGAUACUAAUGCAUAUCCACAAGUGCACUGGGUAUUUUACGUGUCUUGGUAUUCACGCCUCUUCCUUCUGCUCCUGCCAAUUACUCAUGUGUCCCUGUUCAGCAUAAAUUAAAUGCUUACAAGGAAAGUGCAAAACAACGGCAAAUGAGAGCAAUGAUGGCAAGUACAGCCAUAGACUUUGUACUGAUGAUUCUAUAAUCACACAGUACCUGCUAUAGCAGUCAUAUAUGAGAAAAAAACUCUCAGACAACAGUACACAGACAUAAACACAUCCACAGAAUAAACUCUGCAGUCCUUAAAACUGUGAAACUUAAGAGUAAUUGAUUUCAAAAAUAUUAUGUGUAUUUUAAAGUGUAGGGAAUAUUUUAAAGUAAUCUUGUACACCUUAUACAUCAGAUAGUAGACAGUGAUGUUGUACAUGGGGACUAUGGUAGAACUCUCCAUUGAUUUGCUUUUUGUUGUAAUACAACAUUAUUCUGUCUGUCAUAACAGCAAGACCAUUCAUUCUGAAGUAUUUUUUAAAAAUCUACUAAUCCCAGCAAUGGAGCAGAAAUGUCCUGUAGCUGUGGUUUCUACCAUAGUCACGGAUGUAUGAUAUGAUAUUAUACAUAAAGCAUAUAUACACAACUUUUCAUUUAACCUUUACUGUACAGCAUGUCUAUAUACUCCCUAAGUACAUAAUUAAUAACAAGGUCAUUCUACAAUAUACCCUGCAACAACAAUCUGGUGCAAUCCAGAGAAUAUAAGGUAUUAAUAUAGUCUGCUUUGACACAAUUUUAAGGAAAAUUGCCUUUUUUAAACAUUUCUCUAAUUUUUGUUAAUUACUCAAAUUAACAAUUGUUACGGACUUUGUGGGCCUGUCCACUGUUUUUUAUCAUUUCGGGAUGACAUUGUUUAGAUAAUGGGGUGAAAUUGUGGUUUUGUUUAAAACUUGUGCGAUCAUCUGACUGCCUAUGUUGGUGACCCAAGUUGAAAUAAAAGGGAGGUGGGGGAUUUUCUUUUAUGUAUAAAAACAAUUACACAAAAAAGCUCUUUAUUGGGUAAAAAAAGAAACAUCCCAAUAUUUAACUUGUCAAUGUUAAGGAAAAAAAUAUUAGUUGUAGCUUUUUUGUGUUUGUUUUCUGGAUAACUUGAAGAACCAGAGGCCUGUACUACCAAGCAAGUUCAGCAUACCAGACAUCUUUUUGUUAUCUGGCUUCACUAAGCCCAACAACCACAAUCUCACUAAGUGGUCAUAUGACGGUGGUUAUCAACUUGUUAAGUCAACCCAGGUUUUCCCAAUUUAGUCAUGAGUGUAUUCACAUAAACGGGGCGGUGUUUGCAACAUAUGACCAAUUUCAAACAUGGACAAGUCUACCGGCAGAAGAUAUAUAUUUUACAAAGAGCAAACUAUAAUAUUAGACAAAUACAAAGAAGUUAAGGACAUAAUCCAGGCUAAAAGCAACACAGUUGCAACUGCCAAAUGCAGGAAGGACAGCUAGCAAAAAAUCGCCAACUGUGUGAAUAGGCAUAUCAAUAUCACUGCCCCAUCUUUAGGGCAAAGUUAGAUCUGACUAUAAUUACAUUUGUGUAUUCCAAAUUAAUAUGUUGCUUAGAUGUAUUAUUAUGGCAUGUAUGACAAUUUUAGCCUUAUUCUUUCAGCUGCAACCCUGGCACUGUCAAACGGACUUGGGAGCUAAUAAGAAAUAAAUAUAAAUAACAUAAUUCAAAGCGCUAAGUAGGCUUACUUUCAUAUCUUAUAAGUACAACAAAUACAAAGCUUUAGUGCUUCAAUCAGUCUCUGUUUUAGGAUGAGAUCAGUAUACAAGAGCAUAAUGAAAUGGCUUUGACAUUGCUUGUAGCAAACAAGAGAAAAAAAUGAAAUGAUGAAGACAGGAGGAGUGCCCUCCUACACAGGAGUACACUCCUGCUGAGGAGCUGGCCCUCUGCAAUAAUGAGGGUUGCCCCUUAAUGGAAGGGUUGGAAAGGGGUGUCUGGCCCAGACCCUGGCAGAAGUGGGAACUCCCCACAGGCCACAUUUGCACAGGGUAUGUCUCAAUGAGUCAGUGUUAAACUGCUGGGUUGCUAAGUAAGUAAGGUAGCAAAGUAAUGCAAGGCAAUGCGUACAGUCUGCAGGACUGUAGGUGCACAACUCUGAUGUGUCACACUGACAACAUAGGGCUCAGGGCUCAAGGGGCUGACACAGAUAAGUCAUUCCCUCCGAUGAGAAUUUAUACCUCUCAUAUAAAAAAUUUUCAAGGAAAGCCACAGGGUUUUGCUGGUCUCUAAAAACUCUUGCCUUCCUAAGAGACCCUCUCACUAUUUACACACCAAGCUCCACAGGAUCUUCUACAAAUGGUGAUGCCAUUUUCCAAGAGAAUUGAUUGGUCAGUCGGCCAUGCUUUUAUACGCUUUGAUCUGAUAUCUUGAACAUAACUUGUAGGUUAAAUGUGCAGCAUAAGUUACCAUGUCGAUGUACCCCGGUGAACCACCAUCGUAACUCUGAAAACCCAGGGUUAAACCUGAAGUUACCUUGCUAACCCUAAAUCCUGCUUCGUAGUACCGGCCUCAGGUGGUUAGAGUGGCUGUUUGAUCGCAAAAACAUGAAAACAAUGAGCACUUAGAAACAAAUGUAGAAAUGAAAUAAUAAAAUGAUUUUGAGGAUUACUAUUUACACUUGCUUUAAUUGUUUUUUUUUGACCACUCGGGCUGAGCAACAAGAUGUGAACACCAAAUUUUACAUAUUAUCACCUUAUAAAGUUGUUAUGGUGAGCUUGUUAGUGAACAGUUGCCUAUUUACACUUCUAGCAGAC